UGGUUUCUGAAUGCUUAUGGACAUUGAACAAGCUGCUGGUCAGCAUUUCGAAAGGCCAGCCAAACGGAUGCGCUCGGAAUCCUCCUCCCCAUCCGAGCAUGGUUCUGCCGUCGUGUCGCCCGGCGAGCGAGAUCCCGACUUCUAUCUUUCAUCGGGAGAUUGUGUUCUUCGCGUGCAGAACACGCUGUUCCGGGUACACCGCUUCCUUCUCGAGCGCGAUUCGUGUGUCUUUGCAGCGGUCUUCGAUCUGCCUCAAGGACAACUCGACGUGGAAGGAGCGACGGACGCAAAGCCCAUACGCUUGGAAGGAGAUGAGGUGGAAGAUUUCAGGGCUCUUCUGAAGUAUAUGUAUGCUCCUGCGCUCGACACGCAAGUGAAGCACGUCGCUCUGACGGAGCUUCCCAACAUCGUCCACGUCUCGCAACUCGCGCACAAGUACCAGAUGUCGAAGUGGCAGCAGUGGACUGACCUUGUCCUCCUCGAGCUGGUUCACAAUCACAGCGCCGUCCUCACCGACGACGACAUGGUCGCGGUGUACUGUGCCGCGCAUCUCAAUUCGUUCCAGCAUGUGCUUGAAGCGGUGACGAGCUCGUGGUUGGAGCAGAUCCGCGGGAAGCGGCUCCGCAUCGGUCCGGCUCUCGAUGCAGGAGAGACAUAUAGAGCCCGUUCAUUCCUCGGGGCACUCUACGAAAUCGCUCUCUCUCGCAUGCCUUCAUCUCCCACAAACCUCUUCACGCCGAUAAAUUUGUCCAUACCGGACAUAUCACCCGUCCACCUCGGCCGAAUCUACACCGGCUACUCAUCUCUUUCGCUUUCUUGGCUCGGCCUGCGGCACAGGGCGGCCAGGAUCGACGUCUCUCGCGCCUUGUGCACCCUCAGCUACCACGAAAACACGUGCCAGACGCGGUUCGCCCGCGACUGGGUCGCCGCGGCUGUGGCCGUCGAGAAGGACUAUCCCAACGUUUGCGAUAUUCGCGAACGGCUGACCAAGAUGCGGCAGAUCUUGGACCCUCCCUUUGCGGCGCAUUCCUCCGCUCCGACUGCCUGCGUUUUUGUAUCGCGUGCACCGAAGGAUCCUUUCGUUAAAUUGCUCAACGCCGUCUCGGGUCCCGAGGGUUUGGUCGCUCAUUUUUUCGCUGCUGAGCCUGCUGAGGCCGACGGUCUUUGAUAUGGUAAUCAGAAUCGUCGAUAUAUACAUUCGUCUAAUUAAUACUGUAAAUCCUCGCGCCGUUUGCGCCGAACUAAAUUCGAAAAUGUUGUUCUUUCA